AUGAGAGUACUUUCGCUUUUUCUGGGUCUUUCCAUCUUUCUGAAACCCUCGUCGCGGUUCAAGCCAACUUUCCGAUAUUGGCUUCCAGAUGCCAGUGUUGACGCCAAGAUACUGGCAAAUGACAUCAAGCAAUCAGCGGCGAUUGGGUCUGGCGGAAUAGAGCUUGUUGGCUUCUACGAAUACGGUGGCGAGUUGGGAGUGAUGCCCUCAGGAGCAAAUUGGUCCACAUAUGGGUUCGGCACACCGGCAUAUCGACACCUUUUCAAGACGGCGUUGCAAACUCAUUUACAGGAAGGGACUUUGAUGGAUUUCAUCAUAGGACCUAAUCAAGGUCAGGGCGUGCCAGCUAACGCAACAAACCCUGGACUGCAGUGGGACAUGAUCCCAUACACUACCGAGGUGCCGCAGAACGGCUUAUUCGAAGGGACUCUUCCUGGCUGGACUGACGGAACACUCGUUUCACUGGUAACUGCGCUGGUGUCAUCCACUCGCAAUGUCUCUGCUCAAGUUGUUGGCACUGCAGGGACGUCAAACAUCACCUACCAGGAGUACACCCUCAAAGCCGACAGUCUGAAGCGGCAUCUGCAAGGUUUUGACGAGAGCACGGGCCAUUUCAAGAUUUCUCUGCCUCAGCUGCCAACUGGGACACACUACCGCAUCUUUGCCUUUUACGAGAGGCUAUCCGGCCACAGAAACUUGCAUUUCGAGUCGACUCGGCACGAGACCAUCUUUGACGAUGGAUCAUAUGCCGUCGACCACUUUGACAGCGCGGGAGCUCAAGUGGUGAUAGAUUUCUGGGAGAAGCAUAUGCUCGUGGAUGGGAUUCCAGAACUCCUGCACAAGGCUGGUCGAUAUGCCGUUAUUCCUUACGUGGAUGUACCCGAAUGCGAGAGUUUGAGCUUUCUUGACUCAAUUGACUCUUAUCGUCAGUUUACAGGCCCCGCGCACCUAUCCGGAAAACGCAUCAUCUCGAAUGAGAUGGGCGCCGUUAGAGGCUCGGCGUUCAGUCUCCAUAUCCCAGACCUUCUUUUCUCGGUGAACCGCGCUCUUGUCGGAGGCAUCAACCGUGUUGUGAUUCAUGGCUUGACUUACUCGGGCAGCUACUUUGGCACGACGUGGCCAGGCUACACUCCCUUUAGGUACUUGUUCUCAGAUCCCUGGUCUGCAAAACUCCCUUCAUGGGAGCACGCGCUGCCGUCUGUUUUGGGGUACAUUGGAAGAGCACAGUACAUUCAGCAGCAAGGGGUUGCCAAGACGGAUGUCGCUAUUUACAACAAACAGUCGGCAACAGCUUUUACCACAGUUUAUGACCAAACAGACCUGCUCAAGAACGGCUGGUCAUAUAGCUAUCUUAGCGCAGACAACCUUUUUGACCACCAUGCCAAAGUCCAUGAUGGAGUUCUUGCCCCGGACGGUCCAGCAUGGAAGGCCUUAGUAGUCCACAGCAGCCAGAACAUUACCUGUGCCGCCUUGAAGACGCUCGCACUUUUUGCCCACGAAGGCCUUCCAAUCUUGCUGGCCGGUGGCCUCCCCGGCGAAUACGCUACCGGAUCCCAGGGCCAUCAUGCCAACUUUACCAGUCAACUACAGAGCCUUGUCAGGACUGAGAACGUCUAUCAGGUUGAGGCUGGGCAAGUUGCCAACAAGCUAUCAUCGCUCAAUCUACACCCCGAUGUCAGAGCAGAUGUUAAUGGCACUCUUUACGCCACCUGGAGAGAAGACAAGACCGUGAGCUAUGCCAUGUUGUUCGCAGAUUUGGAUUCUUUAUGUGGAUCCGUCACCGCCCAAAGUUCAGCAAAGCCUUACUUCCUCGACCCCUGGACUGGCCAAACAUUCCCAGUGGCAGUUUACCAACGCGACAAGAACUUCACCACCAUUCCAAUUAGUCUAUCUGGGAAUCAAACGCUAUUUUUGGCAUUUGGUGAUGCCUCCGAACCGCGCGGAUCAAUUUCUCCCGUCUACAUCAACACGACGAGCGUCAAUCUCCCUUUCCACUUGGAAGAUUGGAACUUGACGGUCGAGCACUGGGAAGCGCCUGAUAAUUUCUCCGAUUCGGCUGGGACUUUCAAGUACAACACUUCUCAUCAACUCGACACUCCUACGUCAUGGACAAACAUCCCUGAGCUAGUCAACGCGUCCGGCAUCGGUUUCUACAGCACCUCUUUUGAGUGGCCACCCCUUACGAGACUCGAUUAUAGUCUUGGGGCCUAUCUGCAUAUCCCAAAUGUUGAAGACGCUGUUAUAGUUUCUAUCAACGAGGUUUCCCUGCGUCCACUAGACCCUACUCACGCCAGUGUCGACAUUACUGAACAUCUGGUAGAUGGUCACAAUCUUGUUCAAGUCCUUGUCCCAACAACCAUGUGGAAUUAUGUUAGGUCUGUCAUCGACAAUUUGUCAACUGCAGGAAGUCUACCCCUCCCCGUUACAUUGCAGCAACACAUGGGAGCGCCGAUCAGAGAGCGCGUGGCGACGGGUUUGCUUGAUCCUGUCACUAUUAUCCCAACCAUUUCCAUGAAGCUUCGCCUCUGA